AUGAAGUUUUAUGGGACUUACUUGUUUGUCUUAUUCAGUCUUCUCCUACUAUCCACCUAUGUUAAUGGUGACCAUGUUUUUUCUGAUAGUUCAUCAAAUUAUGAUGAUGUCUUAAGGCUUGUGCCUAAGGGUCCUCCUCGAGAUGAACCACCGGUGCAAGAGUUCGAGCAUGAGGCCUUUGAUAGUUCAUCCAACCAUGUUGAUGUCUUAAGGCUUGUCCCCAAAGGUCCAAAUCCUCAGCAGCCUCCACCACUGAAUGUCUUAAACCGUGUGCCACCUUCAGGACCGAAUCCUCGAGAGUCACCACCGUUGGAUGUCUUAAGGCGUGUGCCUACGGGUCCCAACCCUCGACAGUCACCACCGGUGAAGGAUUUCGGGCAUGAGGCAUUUGAUAGUUCAUCCAACUAUGAUGAUGUCUUAAGGCUUGUGCCUAAAGGUCCGAAUCCUCAGCAGCCUCCACCACUGAAUGUCUUAAACCGUGUGCCGCCUUCAGGACCGAAUCCUCGAGAGUCACCACCGUUGGAUGUCUUAAGGCGUGUGCCUACGGGUCCCAACCCUCGACAGUCACCACCGGUGAAGGAUUUCGAGCAUGAGGCAUUUGAUAGUUCAUCCAACUAUGAUGAUGUCUUAAGGCUUGUGCCUAAAGGUCCGAAUCCUCAGCAGCCUCCACCACUGAAUAUCUUAAACCGUGUGCCGCCUUCAGGACCGAAUCCUCGAGAGUCACCACCGUUGGAUGUCUUAAGGCGUGUGCCUACGCGUCCCAACCCUCGACAGUCACCACCGGUGAAGGAUUUCGAGCAUGAGGCAUUUGAUAGUUCAUCCAACUAUGAUGAUGUCUUAAGGCUUGUGCCUAAAGGUCCGAAUCCUCAGCAGCCUCCACCACUGAAUGUCUUAAAGCGUGUGCAACCUUUAGGCCCAAAUCCUCGAGAGUCUCCACCGUUGGAUGUCUUAAGGCGUGUGCCUACGGGUCCCAACCCUCGACAGUCACCACCGGUGAAGGAUUUCGGGCAUGAGCCAUUUGAUAGUUCAUCCAACUAUGAUGAUGUCUUAAGGCUUGUGCCUAAAGGUCCGAAUCCUCAGCAGCCUCCACCACUGAAUGUCUUAAACCGUGUGCCGCCUUCAGGACCGAAUCCUCGAGAGUCACCACCGUUGGAUGUCUUAAGGCGUGUGCCUACGGGUCCCAACCCUCGACAGUCACCACCAGUGAAGGAUUUCGAGCAUGAGGCAUUUGAUAGUUCAUCCAACUAUGAUGAUGUCUUAAGGCUUGUGCCUAAAGGUCCGAAUCCUCAGCAGCCUCCACCAUUGAAUGUCUUAAAGCGUGUGCAACCUUUAGGCCCAAAUCCUCGAGAGUCUCCACCGUUGGAUGUCUUAAGGCGUGUGCCUACGGGUCCCAACCCUCGACAGUCACCACCGGUGAAGGAUUUCGAGCAUGAGGCAUUUGAUAGUUCAUCCAACUAUGAUGAUGUCUUAAGGCUUGUGCCUAAAGGUCCGAAUCCUCAGCAGCCUCCACCACUGAAUGUCUUAAACCGUGUGCCGCCUUCAGGACCGAAUCCUCGAGAGUCACCACCAUUGGAUGUCUUAAGGCGUGUGCCUACGGGUCCCAACCCUCGACAGUCACCACCGGUGAAGGAUUUCGAGCAUGAGGCAUUUGAUAGUUCAUCCAACUAUGAUGAUGCCUUAAGGCUUGUGCCUAAAGGUCCGAAUCCUCAGCAGCCUCCACCACUGAAAGAUUUCGGGUAUAAGACAUCAAAUAGUUUAUACAAUUUUGCUGAUAUCUCAAGGCGUGUACCUAAGGGACCUAAUCCCUGGGAGUCUCCACCAUUGAGUCAGUAA